ACAUGUGGGUCACACAUUUCAAUGCAAUUAUUGGCCUCUGCCGAUUGCUCAACCCAAUAACUCCUUGAAGAAACAUCAUUUUUAACCAGCACAAACAAUUUCUUGGUAACGGUACUUAGUAUAAUUCGUUGAUAAAAUAUUAUAUAUGCUAAGUUGAUGAGAGUAUCUAUCUAUCACCCCUUAGAUUGAAAUCGCCAAUUCUGGGUAUGUCAAUUUGGAACAACCUACCCUUAGAUCUCUUAGCCAAAAUCUUCUCCUUUCUCUCCCCAGAUUCACUGGCCAUAGCAAGAUCAGUUUGCAAGAAUUGGAACACCUGUUCCAAAGCAUAUCCUCUGUCCCCAACAACCUCAACAACGACAACAACCUCUUCAUGGUUCCUGGCUCUUCCAAUUCGCAACCACAGAGCAUGUUGUUAUGCUCACAAUCCAACCAUAGACAAAUGGCACCAACUCUCUCUGCCACUGCCAUCCAUUCGACCAAUUGCUUCAAUCGGAAGCCUCCUCCUCUUGAGGGUCACCAAUUCCACAACGCUCCAAUUGGGUCUCAGCAACCCCUUCACCGGAGAGUUCAAGCACCUUCCCCGGCUGCACGCGGCAAGGACCAACCCUGCCGUUGGAGUCACAGUCUCGGAGUCUUCGAAUUCAACUCUGUUCCCUUCGUUUAGAGUCAUCGUGGCAGGUGGCAUGUCGGAGGCUGCCGAAGGUGGCGCAAAGUACGAAACGAAGGUGGAGAUGUACGACUCGAGAAUCGAGACGUGGCGGAUUGUGGGGUCGACGCCGGUGGAAUUCGCGGUGAGACUGACGGUGUGGACACCCAAUGAGAAUGUGUGCAUUGGAGAAACUCUGUAUUGGGUAACCUCGGCCAGAGCGUACAGUGUUGUCGGAUAUGAUGUUGGGAGAAAUGGGUGGAGGGAAUUGGGUGUGCCCAUGGCUGAAAAGCUUGAGUUUGCAUCGCUUGUGAAGAGAAAUGGAGCAUUGGGAUUGGUGGGUGGAACUUGCGGCGGAAGUGGUUGCAUUUGGCGGCUGAGCGAAGGGGACAAAUGGUGCUUGGUUGAUGAGGUGCCAUUUCAAUUGGGGUUGAGAUUGUUGGGAGGGAAGAGAGUUUGGGAGAGUGUGAAGUGUGUUGGCAAUGAUGAUUGUAUCUGUUUGUACAGAGAUCUUGGUUCUGGCAUGGUGGCUUGCAGAAGGGUUGGCUGGAAAUGGGUUUGGGUUUGGAUUUAUGGCUGUGAUUACAUCAAGGGAAAACCAUUGCUCAAUUCUUCCAUAAGAGGAGCACUUCUUCAUCCCACUCUUGCUUCUUCUCUUAUCUUUUGAAGAAGACUGCUUUCUUGUACAACUUGUAAGGUUUUUCCAGGUGAGAUUCUGUAAUGUUUCAGGAUCAUGUUCCUGUAUAGCUUUUAUUCUUCUUUGCCUUUGCCUCCAACAUUAUCAUUGAAAAUUGUGAUUAAGCUCUUGUUUCAGUGUCGGGAUUAUGUUCUUGCUAAUACUCAUUGGUUAUGAAUAUAAACUGUUGGUUGUUUCAUACGAAAGUUGUCUUCUUCGUGGUGUAAGAUCAUCGAGGUACCGAAGAGAGUUUCGUUGCCAACUAGAUACAUAUUGAACAAACGCUGUGUUAGGUGACAUGUUUACAGUGUAGUUUUAAUUUAUGUAGUAUUAAAAAUGUGUGUCAAUUAUAUUUUUUUAAUUUUUAAAUUAAAAAAAUUAAGUGUACAUAGUGGAAGUAUAAUUUAAGCAAGGACAAAGUUGGAAAAUCAAAGUGCCAAAAGCCCUGUUCUCCUGUGCAAUUGUAAAAUCGAAAUCAAAUUGGGGAAGGUGAGUUUCAGGGUUCUGGACGUUUGUUUCUUUUGCUUGAAUCAAGAAUUUCAGCUUUGGAAGCGCUUUCUUUUUCUAUUCCUUUGCUUUAACCGCAACGUAGAGAGAUUUCUUCCUUUCUCUUACUCCGGGGUAUGGUUGGGUAUAGUAGGAACGAGAGAUGACUCCGUCGGUCGUAAGGGAGGGAGUUUCUUUCGUUUUCUUUUUCUGGUUUAGUUCUGGUUGCAGGGAGGAGAAUGCGAAACCGGCGGAUCACACACAACGUUCAUCACUCGCGACGGCGAUGCCUCUACGGUUACGAGGGUUUCUGCGUUUCGUGGCAAGGGUUUUCAUUUGGGGUUUUUGAGUUCUCUGUUCUCGCGUGUGGCCCGCGAAUUGGGGGUGGUGGUUUUUGAUUCCCUUUCUUCAUAUUGUAAAAUGAUUUGGAAUUUAACUGUUGCAAUUUUGGGGUUAGGUUAUGAAAUUGGAUUUGGAAAUUUCUUUGAAGGGUUUGAAUUGGAGAAUUAUUGGGGUUUCUUUUUCUCUCCCAUGAACCCUAAUUUGGAGUCCAAUUUUUUUCCCCAAUCU